GCCCCUCCCCUGCGGAUAGGGAUGCCAGGCGUCGCACAGGCCUGUCUGGGACUGGGAGACCCGCGCGGCCGCCCCCGGGUGCGGCCGGCCCGCGGCCCCACGGUGUCGUGACUGCCGCUGCGCUGUCCGGAGCUCUCCGGGGCCGCCGAGCGGGCGAGACCCGGGGCCGCCGCCGCGCGGAGGCGGCGGGGGCGGAGCGCAUUCCUGACGGGUGAAGUCGGCUCUAACGGGACGCUUUCCGGCCUUGCCGCACGCUGGGCGCCGCCGAUUUCGCCCCCGAAGCCUCUUGCGGGGGCCGGGAGGGCGGUAGGGAGGUGCCCGCCUCCUUCGCGAGCGGACACACGCACACGCGCCCCUGCGCGAAAGCGUGUGAACGGGGGUCUUCCGGGACUCCACCCCCUGGUUGUUCCCGGUCCUCACCCCGAGGGUGAAGCCACGACUUUCAUUUGCCAAUUUGCCGCUGCGCUCUUUUUUUCCAUUUCCAUUAAUGGGUAGAAGUGGCUUAGGGUUCGUUAGGAAGAGGGUGGCGAAGGCUGUAUGUGGGAGAAAGAAAGGUUUAGUUUUUGCUCAUUGGAGAUACAGGACUGGUGCUUUGUGUAAGAAUGUCGCAGAAUGUUAAUGUUAGAAAGGACGGCCUUUAGAUGCCGCUGCAAUUUUCAAACCUAGAGGUUGGCUAGGAAGGUUGGUGUAAAAUGAUUGCAAACAGGAGGUAUGAAAGCGGACCUUUCCUUGGCCAGACUCUUCAAAAUAUUUUGAUCUUUCCUCAUUCUAUUUGUGUGUGUGUGUGUGUGUCUAAGAACCUGGCUGUCUUUUUUAUUUUAACCUGGAUUGCUUGACCCAUUUCAUUGUACGUAGUGUGACGAUAUACUUGUCUUUUUUUUUCCUUUUUCUUUUCGGUUUUGCUGUUAACCGGUCUCCGUGCACAUCCUACUGCUUCUGUUUGUAAUUCAAGUCAUUUCCAUAUUUGCCUGCUUAAACUUUAACACGGAGCUGUCUGUAUUGAAUUAUAAUGUAAAUAUUUAGAAAAUGGCGAUGACCUUAUUUUUAGAUAUUCUUUACAGUUUCGUGGGAAAGGAUUUAAUGAAUCUUGGGACUCAUUAAACCAAAUUAUGCAAAACAAAAAGCAAGCCCUUUUUUUUUUUUUAAUGCUCUCUUUAAAAAAUUCAUGUGUACAGUGUAAGCUUACACUUCAUGUAACCAUGGAAAAUUUUUGAUGUCAUUGCAAGGGGUCUUUCUGAAGAAGAAUGUACAUGGCAGCUAACGCUUUGUGAAUUCCUGAUCCUUCUCUUAAGUGCUGAUUGAGUUGGAUUGGCACCUGCACUGAGCUCGGUGGUGCACCCUGUAAUCCCAGCCCUCUGGGAGGCAGAGACAGGCCGAUCUCUGUGAGUUGGGAGUCCAGGACAACCUAAGGCUAAACAGAGAAACCCUGUCUUGAAAAACAAACUAAACAGAGAAAUCCUGUCUUGAAAAACAAACAAACAAAACAAAAAAAGAAAGUGAUGCCCAAAUUGUCACAAAAUCCCCUUAUGAGGGGAAACCGGGAAUUAUAGAAGACAUGGAAGAGGAGGCGGCAGUGUGACCAGGGGUCCUGAGAUUGGAGUGAUACAGCCAAAAACAGAAGCUGGAAGAGGCAUAAAGUCGAUUGUUCCCAAGAGCUGCAGAGGGAAUACAGCCCUGCCUCUAAUCUCAGAAUUGAGAAAGUAAAUUCCUGUUGUAAGCAGCACUGCUUUGUGGUGAUUUGACAGCACCCACAGUAAACUAAUAUGUAAUCGAAGUCUUCAAUAAACCAAAGGGUGUCUGUGACAACAGUCUUUUUUGGAACUUUUUCAAGACUCUCUGAAGGAGCCAGUAGGAUUUUUUUACAUCAUGACGUAAUCUGAAAACAAGAACAAGGAAUACGUUUUAUUUUAAGUAUAAUGAAGGGCUGUGUAUGAACACUGACCCUGACUCAAUUCUGAUGAACAUUUUAGACAUGAGUUUACAUCGGCAAAUGGGUUCAGAUAGAGAUCUUCAGUCUUCUGCUUCAUCUGUGAGCUUGCCUUCUGUCAAAAAGGCACCCAAAAAGAGAAGGAUUUCAAUAGGCUCUCUCUUUCGGAGGAAAAGGGACAGCAAACGUAAAUCAAGGGAGCUCAGUGGUGGGGUGGAUGGAAUUGCAAGUAUUGAAAGUAUACAUUCUGAAAUGUGUACCGAUAAGAACUCCAUUUUCUCUACAAAUACCUCUUCUGACAAUGGAUUGACUUCUAUCAGCAAACAAAUUGGAGACUUUAUAGAAUGUCCUUUGUGCCUUCUGAGGCAUUCUAAAGACAGAUUUCCUGAUAUAAUGACAUGUCACCAUAGAUCCUGUGUGGAUUGCUUACGACAAUACCUAAGGAUAGAAAUCUCUGAAAGUAGAGUUAAUAUCAGUUGUCCAGAAUGUACUGAACGGUUUAAUCCCCAUGACAUUCGCUUGAUACUAAGUGAUGAUGUCUUAAUGGAAAAAUAUGAAGAAUUUAUGCUUCGACGGUGGCUUGUUGCAGAUCCUGACUGUAGGUGGUGUCCGGCUCCAGACUGUGGAUAUGCUGUGAUAGCAUUUGGGUGUGCCAGCUGUCCUAAAUUAACUUGUGGGCGAGAAGGCUGUGGAACGGAGUUUUGCUACCACUGUAAACAGAUCUGGCAUCCAAACCAGACCUGUGAUGCUGCUCGACAGGAGAGAGCUCAGAGCUUACGCUUAAGAACUAUACGUUCUUCAUCCAUUAGUUACAGCCAGGAGUCUGGAGCAGCAGCUGAUGAUAUAAAGCCGUGUCCACGGUGCACUGCUUAUAUAAUAAAGAUGAAUGAUGGGAGCUGCAAUCACAUGACAUGUGCUGUCUGUGGCUGUGAGUUUUGUUGGUUGUGUAUGAAAGAAAUCUCCGAUUUACAUUAUCUAAGUCCAUCAGGUUGUACUUUUUGGGGGAAGAAACCCUGGAGCCGAAAGAAGAAAAUCCUGUGGCAGCUGGGAACCCUUGUUGGUGCUCCUGUAGGGAUUGCUCUAAUAGCUGGCAUUGCCAUUCCUGCCAUGAUCAUUGGCAUUCCUGUGUAUGUGGGUCGCAAGAUUCAUAAUCGCUAUGAAGGCAAAGAUAUUUCAAAACACAAGCGGAACCUGGCCAUAGCAGGUGGUGUAACCCUGUCUGUAAUCGUGUCUCCAGUGGUAGCUGCAGUGACUGUAGGCAUUGGUGUUCCUAUUAUGUUAGCUUAUGUUUAUGGUGUUGUCCCAAUUUCCCUCUGCCGAAGUGGGGGUUGUGGAGUUUCAGCAGGCAAUGGGAAAGGAGUCAGGAUUGAGUUUGAUGAUGAAAAUGACAUAAAUGUUGGUGGAACUAACACAGCUAUAGAUCCAACAUCAGUAGCAGAAGCAAGGCACAACCCUAGCAUAGGAGAGGGAAGUGUUGGUGGUCUGACUGGCAGUCUGAGUGCAAGUGGAAGCCACAUGGACCGAAUAGGCACCAUUAGAGACAACUUGAGUGAAACAGCUAGCACCAUGGCGCUAGCUGGAGCUAGUAUAACAGGAAGCCUGUCUGGAAGUGUCAUGGUAAAUUGUUUCAACAGGUUGGAAGUACAAGCAGACGUGCAGAAGGAACGGUACAGUCUCAGUGGAGAAUCUGGCACAGUGAGCUUAGGAACAGUUAGUGAUAAUGCCAGCACCAAAGCGAUGGCAGGAUCCAUUCUGAAUUCCUACAUCCCUCUGGACAGAGAAGGGAAUAGUGUGGAAGUGCAAGUGGAUAUUGAAUCAAAGCCAUUCAAGUUCCGGCACAACAGUGGAAGCAGUAGUGUGGAGGAUGGCAGUGCUGCCAGAAGCCACACUGGUGGUUCCUCCAGUGGCUUGCCCGAAGGUAAAUCCAGUGCCGCCAAGUGGUCCAAAGAAGCAACAGCAGGAAAAAAGUCAAAAAGUGGUAAAUUGAGGAAAAAGGGUAACAUGAAGAUAAAUGAAACCAGAGAGGACAUGGAUGCACAGUUGUUAGAACAGCAAAGCACGAACUCAAGUGAAUUUGAGGCGCCAUCCCUCAGUGACAGUAUGCCAUCUGUAGCAGAUUCCCACUCUAGUCAUUUUUCUGAAUUUAGCUGUUCAGACUUAGAAAGCAUGAGAACACCCUGUAGUCAUGGUUCCACUGAUUGUCACACACGCUUUGCGACUGUGAAUACCCUUCCUGAGGUGGAAAAUGACCGUCUGGAGAAUUCACCACAUCAGUGUAGCAGUUCUCUGCUUUCCAAAAUUGCUUCCUGUUCAGAAGUUCCACAGCCAGUUCAUGUUGCAGAAGAGCAUGGCACCAGCAAAAGUGAGAUGAAGCCUAAUGUUGAUUUGUGUUUUGGUGAUGCACUGAAAGAAACAAAUAAUAACCACUCAUAUCAGACAGUGGACUUGAAAGCUGCUGUUCAGACUGAAAUUUAGGCUCAUGAGUGCUGCAGAGUAAUGACCACUGAACAACCCUGUUUGGAGCUGGUUGAACCAGCAACUGUUAAGGUUAAGUUACCAGCAAAAACCAGGUUUCAUAAUCAUAAUGCAAAUACAUUUGUAUGUUUAGCAAGGCAUUGUGUUUCGUGUAGAUGUUAAUUACUAAAUUAUGAAAUGAAGGCUUUAAAUGUGCAUUAUUAUGAGAAUCAUAACUUAAGAAAAAGGCAUGUUUUGUGUUCUUGUCACAAAACAUUGCUUGAUGCAUAUACCUGUGUAUUUAGAUAGGGAUGUGGUUUAAUUUAUAAUCAUAUACUAACUGUUCUCUGUUCUACAGCAUUUGUAAGAAAAAUUGAGGCAUAGGGAUAAGUGGUUAGUGACAUUAUAUUGAAACCACUAAGGGGUGGUGUUGAAAAGAACUUGUCAGAUUACUCAGUAUAUGAUCCUCUUUGUAACGUUUCUCUUCAUAACUGAGCUUAAAUUUCAUUUCUUUCUUCAUAUGCAAUGUGGAUACAAAGCUUAAUGCAGCCCAUUGGUAACCAUUUGGAUACUUAGACAGUUGAGCAAGAUUUUGGCAGUUUUUGCACAACUUUGAAGUAGAAACACCUGGUACUGUUAUAUAUCUCAUGUAUUGUUGAUGCCAUUUUAGAAGAAAAAGGUAAAAGUAGGUAACUUAAGUAUACUGACAACAAGAAAUGAGACAUAAAACUACAGAGUAAAAUCCAUUAGGAUGUAAGUAUUAUAAAAGUCACCUGUCACUAAGGCAAGUUAGUACCCAUUGAUUCUUGAUGCCUUUGGUAGAGACUGGGUUUCACAAGCCUAGUCAUUUGAGGGUUUUGCUCCAUCACAUCCCAUAAUGUCUUCUCCUCUCCUUGGAGUAUAUAGAAAAAUACAGGAAAUAGAUAAACAUGAAUGUGGUUAUUAACUAUGCUGAAAAAGUAUUCACCUACCAAAGACACACUCAGGCUUUAGUAAAUUUAACAUUACAUAACCUCAAUGUUUAACAUGUGUAUCUUUUGAACCAUGAAAUCAAAGCAAUGCAGAGCUUCUACCAAGCUUAUACAAAAGGUCUAUGUAUGGCUUUGUUUCAUUUUGCUUUUGUUUAUGAAGGAUAUUCAGCUGACACAAGCAAAAGUUGGCCAAAAUACUGCCUGUACUGUUAACUUCCCAUAUAACUCUCCUAGCAGACUAACCUCAUAGCAGUCAAGUACUUCACCUUAGGUUGUCUUUAAUUAUUACCAUUAUGGUGCUACUGAGCAUUUUCUUUUGAUAAAAAAGAAAAAUGUCCCAGGCUGCAGUCUUCUACCAUCAUUUUCCUCACUGCGUCCAUUAAUUUGCAUAUAUAACACUAGUGCCAGUUAUUUUAUUUGAUAAUGCUUAUUAUGGUAUUUGUACAUUUGUUUGCAUUCCAGUUUUGUUCAGUAAUGAGUGUGUAAAGAGCAUACAUGAAAUAAAUGUAAAUACUAAUGUA